AUGGCGAUUCCCGAACUUCCCGAUGACAUCUUAAUCGACAUAUUCUCACGUCUACCAUCAAAAUCGGUGGGCAAAUGCAGGUGCUUAUCAAAACCAUGGCGUACUUUUCUCUCCAGCACGCAGUUCAUCAAAUCCCACCUCACUAACAAAAUCCUAAACCAACAAAACCUCCUCCUCAUCACCCUAUCCAACUCAAUCCAAACCAUCGCCGACGUCAAACACGACGCCGUUUCGAGAAAGCUCGACCGAAUAGAUGGUUAUACAUUGAAGGUUGUCGGUUCUUGCGACGGCUUGGUUUUGUUGGUAAAUGAGGAAAAUGACAAGUUUUUGGUGAACCCCACUACUCGGCACGUGGCAAAAUUACCAAAUUCGCCUCUAGCUUUGAAGGGUGGAUAUAGCUCUUCCAUGCAUGGAUUCGGGUAUGAUAGUUAUAUCGAUGAUUAUAAGGUUGUCGCGCUUUCUUACUAUGAUAGUGACACUGAUUAUGAGCCCGAUUGCGUCGAUACGUUUGUAGAUGUGUAUUGCGUGAGAAGGGGUGUUUGGAAAAGGGUUGAGAGUUCUCCUUAUGACCAUUCUGCCCCUGUAACUCCGCCUGGGGCUUAUCUGAACGGAGCUGUUCAUUGGUUGGCCGGUAGUAGAGAAUCAGAUCAUGCGUCCGUAAUCGCUGCUUUCGAUUUGGUUAAUGAGGUGUUUACCAAAAUUCCUGCUCCCAACGAUUUAAAAAAACACAGUUUUGAGUUCAGUAUACUUGUGAUUUUCGGUGGUUGUCUUUGUAUGAUUGUUGAUCGAAUGGAUAUGCGUACCGAUGUUUGGAUUAUGAAAGAGUAUGGGUUGGCAGAUUCUUGGACCAAAUGCACUAUUGAUUGUGGUUACGAUUACGGGAUUUUAAACCCUUUGUGUUAUAUUGGGGAUGAGGAAGUUGUGUGGAUGACCGACGAGGGAAGAUUGGCUAUCUGCAAUCCGAAAGACGAGACUUUUAGAGACAUGAUUGUUGAUGGAGUUCCGGCCAUGGUUAAUGAUGGAUGCGUCUUUGUAGAGAGCCUUGUCUCUCCUUCGUAUGAUAUGUUCUUGUAG